ACAACUUAAUAACUGGUUGUACUCUCUCGAGUGAUGCAGCCAGCCAGGGGAGAGCGCAGCAACUGAGCAAAGCAAUGAAUUCAGUUCUUCCACCUCCUCUCACUCUCGCUUCUUCUUCUUCUUUCCGGCCACUCAAAUAUCACCCUCGAAACACCACUUCCCCUUGUAGGUUCCGCGCUUUGGGUUCCCGUAAUGAUCAAUCCGAAUCCAUUGGAAUCACAGAGUCGGAUAAUUCAAGACCCAAAUACAGGCCCGGAAUCUUCGAUGACCUCUUCCUUAACUUGUUCCGAAACAGAAUGGUAAAUGAGGUUGGCUGGGAUUCAGAGAAGCCUGGAUACGACGGACUAAUUGAAGUAGCAAACCGUCUCAUGAUGAGAAGAAGUAACUCUGAAACCAAAGAAGCCGCAGUUCGCAUUUUAAGAGCACUGUUUCCUCCACUUUUGUUAGAGCUUUAUCAAAUGCUUAUAGCUCCUCUUCAAGGAGGGAAAGUUGCUGCAAUCAUGGUUGCAAGGGUGACUGCUCUAUCUUGUCAAUGGCUUAUGGGCCCUUGUGCUGUUAACAAUGUGGAUCUUCCUGAUGGAUCUUCCUUGAGAAGUGGGGUGUUUGUAGAAAGAUGCAAGUACUUGGAGGAAAGCCAAUGUGUAGGAAUUUGCAUCAAUACAUGUAAGCUUCCCACACAGACUUUCUUCAAGGAUUACAUGGGUGUUCCUUUACUGAUGGAACCAAAUUUCAGCGAUUAUAGCUGUCAGUUACAGUUCAAAUUUGGGGUGCUGCCUCCCCGGCCUGAAGAUGACAAUGCCCUGAACGAGCCUUGCUUAGAGAUAUGCCCAAAUGCACGUCAACGCAGAGAAUUCACCAAUAGUGUGGAUGUAUUGCAAUGUCCCAAGGCAUGAAGUUGCAGGAGCUGGGCUGAAUAUAUUGCCGAAUGUCUUUCUUGUUUGCAUCGUGGAUAGUAUUUCUGUAUACCUGUACCUGUUAUAGCAAAAUUUCCAGGGUCAUGAAAUACUCUGCUUUCUUCUCCAUUCAAAUUCUAAAGUUGUUGCUAUAUUGCUGUCGCUUGACAGUUUGAGUACGAAUAGUCGAAUACUACCAAGCUGACUCUUGAUCUCAUGUUGCCACUUGAAGUUGAAACAUGCAUUCAUAUUUCAUACCAUCACCACCACCUUUUUU